CUGAAGUUUCAUAAUCACAGACGCUUAGAUAUUUACACAACACGAGAAAACAAAAUUUUGAAGUGAAAUGUGGAUAUACCUAAUUCUUUUCUGGCUGUUAGGACCAGGCAUACUGGGAAGGUGCAUCGACUGCAACAAGAGAUGGCACCAUCACUGCAAAUCGAAGUUCACAGGAUACUAUUGCGCUGGAAACAGGAGCAUCGUCAGCACAGAAUAUCUCACUAACAGUGAAUAUGCGACCAGUACAUCGGAUCCUGUGAUGCCGUUUGACGUGUGCACACCGUACCCCUACGUGCUACACUAUGCCGAGAGUUACUGCUGCAUGUACUCGCCCAAUCUGGGGUGUCACGUGGCCUUGCACCCACAUGUUUACAAAUACGAAAAGACCCCGGGUACCUAUUGCGACAAGUGCCAGCGGCACUGCCUUUGUGAUGAAUUCGGAGCGGCACCCAGACUCGGGUCCUGGGCGGCGGUUCGUCUUUUAGGGAUAGUCGCUCUGCUGAGCACCUUUUUGUCUUCGUUGCUGGAACCGACGAUGGUACUGAGUUACUGAGACAGAGCCGACUGUCUCGAAAACGACGUUGGAUAAACCGACGCAAAGGACAUUUGGAAGGAUAUGCUGAAGUAUGUCCAUGCCUGGUCACACAGCCAAGGAUUCAUUCAAAAAUUGUAGUGUAUUGAAGGCGUGGAGUAAAGCAAUUGAUAAUGGAGCACCUUGUUAAAGCCAAGUACCUGGUAUCUAUGUUUUCCUCUAUUGAAA